AUGGGAAGAAUUCGUAGUCGCGCCUCGUCGGCGCACCCGGCAGAUCUCUCAGCCCUAUCCCCGGCAAAGCAGCAGCCGCACAAGCGCCGGAAGAAGAACGCCUACAAGGUCGUUCUCGAGUCUGUGACCCAGAAGAGAAAGAAGCUCCGUUUGACCGCCACCUUUGACCAGCAAGCUCCGCCUGGCUACACCUUCAUCGGCUUUGGAAACGCAAAACUCACAGCGCAGUGCAAAGAGUUCUGUCCCGAUCCGGAAAAGAUCUCGUUCCACGUGAAUAGGCUAGGCUUCUACUUUCCAAAUAAGAUUGUCGACCUGGCUAUGGAGUGGCUUGGCAUUCAGGUCAACGGUGCCCGGCCGCGAUCCCAAAACGGCUCAGGCUUUACUCGAGGCCUGGGCCGCAGACUCAAGCAACACACCAACCUGAGCGAAGAGGACCAAGUUCGAGCAGCUAUGAGAGACUUGUUCCCAAAGAUGCCCGAGGACUCGCUCGAAGCUAUCGUCGAGCAUGCAUUUGCUGAAGGUGCCAAAAGGGUAGGUAACGCGACAAAUCUCUCCUUGGAGCGACGCGUGCAGAUGGCGGUGCUCGCACACGUGAGGCACAAGCACACCGAGUACGACAAACUACUCAAAGAAGUUGGUUAUAUUCAAGCGCGCAAAGCCGUGGAAAACCCAUGCAUCGAGAAGAUUCUCACAUGGCGCGGCGAAAACCUCAAUGAGGAUGAUGAUGUUGUCGAGAUGGAAGACGACUUUCGGGAAGUCAUCGUCCUAGAUGACAGCGAUGCUAGUGACGGGGAAGAUGAUGGCGCGGACUCUGAUUCGGAGUCGAGUGUGGAUUAUGCACCAGCUCCGAAUCACACAUGCUACUACAGCACCUAG